AUGGAGAAGCCGCCUUAUGUCAUGUUUGACGAAGAGCCAUUAGAAAAGAACGAAAACAGACCAAGAUUGGCCUCGUCACAGCCAGGAGAAGCAAUGAACGCAACGAACGAUAACAGUGGUAUAAACCAAAAACGCGUGCAGGGCUCCUCGCCUGGAUUCAGAGUGAAAGGUAUCUUUCAGGAAGUUGUGUCUAAGGGACUUCACAUUUGCGUUGGAAUACCCGUUACUAAACUCAACUUCACGAAAAAUGCUGGUACUCUACAACAGCUUGAUAAAACCAUUGUUAACAAGGAAGCUGAUCUGGCGCUUCCCGUGCAUGGAAGCGAAGAUGGUUCUUACGGAGGGCAUACGUACGUGGAGGUCUUGAAAUCGCCAGGUGUUGUUUUCAUAGUGGACAAACAGCAAACAUUAAAACAUUUACGAAAGCGCGUCUUACAAGCCAUGAAAGAUACCUGGCCUGUUAUUAUUUUAACCUUUCUUUUGGCAGGAUUUGCCGGGAUUUUAAUCUGGGGACUGGUAAGUGUGUAUAUAUUCAAUAUCUUAAGAAACAUUUUGCUUACUUAAGUAAAACGGAAGGUAAAUACGUUCGGUGAGGGUAAAAGGAGGAAUGAGUUUGCGGAAUGGCAUGUGGCAUGGCUUGCGGAAUGACAUAAUUAUGUGGAACGUAAUAUAUGCAGAAUGACCCAAAGAAAUAAAUUAAACUAAAAAGUGCGUCCUUUUUUGGCGCCAAUCAAUUUGCAAACGCAGCCGCUGUUUUAACGUUGACAUACGAUGACAAUCAAACAGCCACAAAGGCUCAUUGUCGAUUAGCCUUUUCCGCACAACCACAAAGAUUCCUCUUGCCUUCAUUAGUCGGGCUGCAUGGCAGCACCGAUACUACACCACAAAAGUCGGCCAUUGAAGAAAAGAUGUUUUGGAAGGUCAUGCUCCCUUCUACUUAACUGAUUUUUUCUGCAAAAGAUGUUUGCACGAUUAACUUAACGGUUUCCUUUUAACUAUAUUUGUAUUUGCAACGGCGUGAGAAGUGUUUCUUUUUCAGACGGUGGGUUACGUGAUCGUGACAUAAUAUUCAGAGAUGAAAACGGAUCUUGUAUUUUGUUUCAUUAGCCGCUUGGUUAAGUUUCGGCACGCGAAGCUAACAGCUGGCGGAGAAGGGCGAGUUCGAUUCCUGGCAAUGUAGUGUGUGUCUUUUUUUUUUUUUCACCUUCCUACCGUUUUAGCAUUUAUUCACGAUCAAACGCGCACACUCACACAAACAAGGAAGGUGCGAAGAUACGCGGAAAGGCCGAAAGGAGACAGAGAGCAGUUCGCUUCACUCGAUUUCUGAAUUACAGAUUAAUGUUUGACUCGAGGCGUUCAUUUAGUCUCAAAUAUGAUCUGAUCCAUCCAUCGUAUUAAUUAAUAAUUCCUGGAAUUGUAGAUAGCCCGACUUCACGUUCAACAAGCGUUAUUUUCCCUCUAGCGUUUUGACAUUUGACUUUAUUAUAAUGGUGGGCAGAAAGAGAGAAAGUAUUGUCCAAAACAACAAAAAUAAAUUAAGUAUCAAUUAAGUAUUACAUAGACACGAAUGCAGUAAAGCUUAUCUCUACUUUCUGCUCGGCCUUGUUGGUUUAAACCAGCAGUAAUAAAUGGACCAGCAAAAACUUUGCUCACUCAAAGUGGCACCAAAAAAAGGCGCGGCAAAGACGCGCACAUGUUUUUCAGUGUUAAAAUGCAUUUCUUUGAGCCAUUUCCCAUAUUUUACAUUCCGCAUAAUUAUGUCAUUCCGCAAGCCGUGCCACAUGCCAUUCAGCAAACUCAUUCCUCCUUUUACCCUCACCGAAGUAUGUUUAGUAAUUUGUGGUUCUACUCGGAGGCUUUUUACUGGUAGGACACUCCCGUUUUGUAAUAGUGGCUGGAUGACUUGUCAAAAUGGGCUGCUCUAUAUAGACAUUUAUUAAAUUUGCAAAUGAAUAGUUGGAGAAAAAAUUUGACUACACACCCACACCUCUUUGGAGCUGUAACCGAUUAAAAUUGAUAUUUUUCUUUUCACAGAUGGAUUGCCAGUUAUAAUAUUUAUUUUCGUGGAGACCAAAAACUAAGGCCCCGUCCACACGUAUCCGGAGUUUUUUGUAUCCGCAAAUUUUUUUAUGCGGAUACAAAAAUAUCUGCGUCCACACGUAGCGUAUACGAAUCGUAUACGACCGUCCACACGUAUCCGAUUCGUAUUCGGACAUCUCAAAGGAUUAGUCAACAGAGCAUGGAAAAUCUCGCGCGGAAAAAGACUGGUUCUGAUACUGUGACGUCAGCGUAUACAAAAAUCUACGGAUACGAGCGUCCACACGUAUCCGGAUACACAGCGUAUACAGAAAUUUCCACUCUGGAGAGCGUAUACAGAAAUCUCCGGAUACACCGAGCGUAUACGGCGGACACGUGUGGACGCUAGGUGUAUCCGCAUAAAAAAAUUUGCGGAUACAAAAAUCUCCGGAUACGUGUGGACGGGGCCUAAGGCGAAAGACAUUAAGAAGAAAUCAUUUACAGGGGUUGAAUAAAUAAUUCUGGAUUUAGAUUAAGCUUUCAGUUCGCCGUCUUCCGCAUCUAAGGAUUGGGAAUCUAAAUUGAUUAUAAUGGGCCUUAAAUAGCCCCCUUUAAAGUUUAAACUGACAUGUAUUAUGCAGGUUAAAAACUAGUUUCCUUGGGUCGAUCUUAAGAUUUAGCCGCUAAUAUCAGCCAUACUUAAAAAGGAAACCAAAAAUGUCAACAAUAGCUAGCCAGGGGAAACUUCAACGAAUAGUUCUGUUUUUAAGUCCUUCGUAUUGACAUAUUGAGAGAGACGUGCGAAAAGUGAGCAAUAACGUAAAAUAUUGCUAUUUUCACUGAAUUGAACACUAAUACGUUACCAAUAUCGUAGCGUCCUAUUCUUCUUGCUUAACCUUGGAGUCAAAAACGUUUUUCGAGCGUUUGAAAAGGGAAAAGCGUAGACUUGUCGGCGCCACUUGGUUCGGUUUAUUACUAAUAAACGAGCCUGAAAUUGAAUUUCAGGCACGUUUGAAACGCAUAUUUUCCAUUUCACCUAUUCAAUUAAUACAUUAUGGUGAUCGCCUGAAAACGUACAUGCGCUGAAACUUCUGAAUACAUAUUUUCCUGAGUGUCAAAAAAUUUUUUGUUCCAUCUAAGAAUUACGUGUACAAUAGUUUAAAAUCUCAAAGUCUAAAAAUAACUUUUGUAAAAUUCACAUAUCCCAAGGGCUAGACUGGGCGUUUCCCUCUUCGUCCCAUUAUUCUCUCCUGAGGAUAUUGUGUAUAUAUUUCGUUUUGGAACUUCUGACACCAUGUAGUCAAGAAAAGGUUCAAUAAAGUAAUUCAUAUAUAAUUGAUAUCGCCUCAUUUGCAACUAUUUUUUUUGUUACUUUAACUUACAGGACACAUCUAAAAAUCCUGGUCACUUUCCACGCUCUUUCACACGAGGCGUGAUGGAGGGAAUUUGGUGGUCUUUCGUGAGCAUGACAACAGUUGGGUAAGAACAGAUAAGGGAGAUACUUGUUUAAUUAUAGUCAUGUAAGUUCUCGACUGUUGCUAAAAGAAAUGACCAACUGCUUGUCUACUAUAAAUCCAGCUUAAUGGUUUGCAAAAUUAAUGUUAAGGCACGCCGAAACUCAAAUGCUUUAAAUUUGAUUAUUUCAAGUAUAGACCACAUGUACGAGUAGUCUAUUGUUUUCCUGAGGAAUGAUAAACCGAACGAAGCUGAACGAAAUACGAAAGGGGAAGGGGGAAAUCGCCAACAACAAUGAAAAGCUAUUUAACAGUAAUCAGGUUUUAGCUAGUUUCUGAAAUAUCUUUUUCACAUUUCUUGGAACUUAAUAGACAGCCCAUGGGAUAAGUGUACCCCGGGUUACUUUGUUUUUUUAGUUUUUAGUUACGAUAGAGAUCAAAUCUUCAUGUUUGGAAAUAUUUAUUAAAACUGGUAUAUUUAACUUUUGAUAUAUGAGAGUUCUUUCUCUGGAUAUUAGGUAUGGUGACAGGACUCCAAAGUCAGCGCCUGCACGUUUGUUUGGCAUCCUGUGGAUUAUUACUGGCCUUAUUCUUUGCUCGUUUUUCACCGCUACUUUCACAAGUGCCUUGACGUCAUCAUCCAUGCUACAUCGUAAAUCUCUGAUGGGAGUGAAGGUUAGAACCAUCAUUAUCUUCAUCAUCAUUUCUCUCCGCACCAGAAAAUGCCAAACGCUGUUAGGUUAAUAGUUAGCAGAGUUCGCUAGAUUAUAAAUAAGGAAAUAAUAUCUGAAGUCGUGAAAUGCUUCUGUAAUUAGACUCGAACUUCCCAAACGGCUGAGACUGAAAAAAUCAGGGCAUUAAACAAAAUUCAAUUCGAAGCCAUGACGUUCGUGUUAACUCAGUGGAUUAACAAUGCCUUAACCUCCAUACAAUGUCGCGGAAAUUGAUUAACUUCACUUCAUUCCCGAAACAGAUAAAAGGUUAUUCUUCUUUAUUUAUAUACGACGAACUGCACAACUCUCACACCCUUACAGCAACGAAUAUUUUAGAAGAUAUCUCAGGAAGGUUCAUUGAUGCCAACAAAACAACAAAGAAAUGUACUGGCGUGAAUGUGCGUAAAUUAUCAUUAUCUCGAAGUUUGAAACCUUUUUCAAAAAUGCUAGAACUGUUAAUCAUCGUUGAAGCUAUCUAGUACACAUCCCCUAUCCCCUAGCGUCCUCUAUAUCUUACUAGGCUUAAUUGAGUUCAGUAAUGUUAAGAUACUCAGCUAACUUUUGAAGUUCACCCAGGUUGCAGUUUUGGAAGACAGUCAUGCAUACGAGGAGGCUUUGAAGCAGGCUGCCAACGUCAAAGGUACAUUUUCAAAUCCUGAUACCGGUUGAAGUCGUUUGAGUAGAGACGUUGCUAUAUCCGGGCAUGGAUGAAAAGGUAUCAAGUCGUUUUAACCUUCUCACUCUUAUAAAAUAAUCAGUCCAACUAAGAGGGUUGGAAAAAAAAAAUCAAGCAUCAUUAUGCAAAACGCAAAAGUUCUUGCCCUCGGAGGUUUCAUUUGAAUGGUAGCACCAUAGAUUUUGUCCAAGAUGCAGUACCAGAUGCAGUACUAAGUUAAAGUGAAAAUCAUCUCACAGAAUGGCAAAAUUACAGCUUCGUGUCAAACAAAAUAUUAUAUCAAAGGUUACAGGAGACAAAAGUGAACUUUGAAAAACUGCAAGGCUACUAACAGGUUCAAACAACCUCAAUAGAGAGAGGCCGUUACGCACGUUGCCAUGGUAGCAAAACUCCUGGCUCCAGUUGUUCAAACGUUGGAUAGCACUAUCCACCGGAUAAAUCACUAUCCAGCGGAUGAGUGUUAGGGAAACCAAUUGCGGUAUCCGCUGGAUAGUGAUUUAUACGGUGGAUAGCGUUAUCCAGCUUUUGAAAAACUGGGGCCUGGAUGAUAACAAACCGACAACAUCACUUAAAAAAGUGAAUUGGGACUGUUUCAAACUUCUCUCAUUCAAUUUCAUUUAAUUUGUCAAAUGUUUGCAAAAUUCUGGUUUGGGGUUGAAUCCAAAAUGACCGUAUCUGGUAGAAAAAGAAAAAAGAUAAUUUUGCGCUGUGUUCACCAACUCCAUAAAGCGGGCGCGUGAAAAUAGGAAGUUUCCUGCCGCAGUCGUGCAGCGACGGCCCAGAAUGUACAAAAAGCGUGAUGCACGUAUAACGUUGUUGUUUUGCUAAGCUAAACCGAUUGCUUCUUUGUCGUUCUCGUUGCCGUCGCCGUCAUCAUUGCUUAAGCUCGCCAUGGCGGUUGUGAUCUAGAAAUUUUGCUGUCAUGUCAACGUUACGUCAUACUUCUCCUCUCUAUUGCAAUUCCUUUCAAUCUUCUUCAAGUUUGCUCAUUCGUGUCUCCUUUUGUGUUCGCUGUGUAAUUUAUACCGUCUUUUCUCUGUUUUGAGCAGUUAUUUUUAGGUUUAAGUCAGUUUGCUGUGCAGCUGUCAUUGUUUAAUUUGAAUCUUGAUAACUUUCGUGACAUAGCCGGACUUUAACUGACGAACGCUUUAUUUCCUGUGCUGCAGGUUAUCCCAACUUCAACGAAAUGUACAAUGCACUAGUGGUAAAAGAAGAAGUAGAGGGAAUCUUAGCGGACAUCUACACAGCCUCUUACUACAUGGAUAAAGUCGAAGACUCUCGCUUGGCAGUGACCAUGUUCCUUAGUUCUCAGCGGUCAAUUGGAUUUGCACUUGGAAAAGAAAAAUUUGAGGAAGAUACUGAGUGCCUAAGGAAUCUGUUUAAAUAUCGAGAGCGAGACAUCCAGAAAAUCAUUUUUCGACAUACCCAAGCGUUGCACGUAAGUUAAUUAAUUAACCUUUAUUAAAAUAAGUGGGCUACUCUAAGACAUUUGCCUGUAGUAUUUACGAGGAGUUCUUUCGUAAACUCUACAACUUAUUAGUGGUUAGCUAGAAGAAACAGCAACUUCCCGGACUUGCUGUUCCUGAUUUGAGGUGUCACGGCAAAAGUCGUCGAUUGAAAUCUUGACAAGAUAGAUUAAAUCAAUGCUGUGUCAUUUGAACAUCAACAACACACAAAACAAAUUUGAAGAACUGACUGAGACGAUUAAAUCCCUGAAAGCGCAGAUUGUACUUAUAAGUGAAACAAAAAUCGACUCCACUUACCCAAAGGAUCAAUUUAGCCUGCCUAGUUAUUCGUUAUAUCGAAAUGACAGGAAAAAAGGCGGUGGUGGUAUUUUGGCUCUCAUCUCCACCGUAGUCCCAUGUAGGAGAUUAAAACCUGAUCGUCACUACCAUUGUCUAGAGCCAAUUGUGCUGGAUGUGAAAAUUGGGAAGAUAAACAUGAUAAUAAUUAGCCUUUACCGACCACCUAGGCCAUUAGUGGGAGCAUACCAGCAAUCGCUAGAGGAAGAACUGAACCACAUUUGUACUUGGGCGUCGCUCCCAAGAGAAGCAGUGACUGUCAUUGGUGACCUUAACCUAGAUAGGCUAAGGCCUCAGAGAAAUGAGAGCAAAUUACUCCUGGACCUCGAAAUGGUGCAGGGCUUUGAAUGUCUUAUAAAGCAGCCAACUAGAUUGGAUAGAAACGGAACAACAACAACAGCCACGCUUAUCGAUGUACUGCUGACCAACCAACCAGACCUGUUCAUUGGAAGAGGAGUUUACGACCCUGCUCUAAGUGAUCAUAUGCUCAUCUAUGAUGUAAUGAAAGAAAAAGCGAGGAAACAUUCACGUAGAAUCAUCCAUUUCAGGAGUUACAAAAAUUUUGAUCCGGUGAAAUAUGAUAACCUACUAAUGACGGCACCUUGGCAUGUCGGAAACUUGUUUGACGAUGUUGAGGACAAGGUGUAUUAUUGGAAUACAAUCAUGCAAGACAUUAUGGACGAAUGCUUCCCUCAGAAAAAGAAGCGAGUUAGGGAUAAAGACAUACCCUAUAUGACGACCGCAUGGAAAAAUGCCAUCCGAACAAAGAGAAGAGCUUUUAAGAAGUAUCUAAAUGAAAGGACACAACAAAACUGGGAAGAGAAAGUGAAAUGUCGAAAGGAGGCAACCAGACAAAGAAGAAUUGCUGUACGGCAAUACUGGAAGAAAAAGACGUCUGACCUUAAAGAAAACCCAAGAACGUUCUUUGAAACUUUUAAACCGUUUCUUGGAUCUAAGAAAGGGGUCUUGGGAACUGAUAUUAACUUAAAAGUUGACGGCAAGAUCAUUAGCAACCAAGAGACUGUUGCAGAAAUAUUAGCAGGUCACUUUGCUACGAUAGCAAGCGAUAUUGGAGAUGUCAACUUAAGAAACUCCUCGGAGAAUGACUUAAAUAAUCAUCCAAGUGUCUUGCAAAUACAAAUGGCGAGUAGUUCAGAACCAAUGAUCGAGUCCAAUCCAGUCAACCAAGCACAAGUUAGAAAGGCUCUGGAGUCACUUAAUACGAGGAAAGCAUCAGGAUAUGACAAUAUGCCAGCCAGAGUACUGAAAUAUGGAGCGGAAAAACUUGCUAUACCACUAGCGAAUCUGUACAAUUCAUGUAUUACAAACCGACAAUGGCCAAACAACUGGAAAAGGGAGGAAUGGACGCCCGUCUUUGAGAAAGAGGAUCCACAAGAUUGUCGGAACUAUCGACCAAUAACUGUCCUUCCAGUGGUUAGUAAGGUGUUCGAGCAGCUACUUAGCGACCAGAUUUCUAAGCAAUUUGACAGCCGUCUGGGUCCCCGAAUUACGGCAUAUCGUAAACGCCACAGUUGUGAAACAACAUUGAUAAGUCUUAUUGAAGCGUGGAAAUCAGCACGUGAUAACCAGCAAAUUGUUAAAAUCUUAUCUACCGACUUGAGUAAGGCUUUUGAUUCGCUUCAUCCGUCCUUAAUGAUCUGCAAAUUAAAAGCGUAUGGUUUUAAUGACGAACUAUGUGAUCUACUUCGAUCUUACCUGUGUAAUCGACUGAACCGAGUGAAACUGGGAGCUUUCAGAAGUGGAUGGAAGCGUACAGAUAGGGGUUGUCCACAAGGAUCGGCCCUUGGCCCAUUGUUAUGGAACAUCUUUCAAAACGAUCUGGCAUACGUAAUAACUUCGCAUCUCUCUAUAUACGCGGAUGACCAUCAAAUGUAUGAAACAGCGGGGAACCUGAAAAUGGCUGACACCAAUCUUAUGAGGAAUGCCAAUAGGGCCUCCGAAUGGUACGCUAGCAAUCUGCUACAAGGAAACCUGAGCAAAUAUCAAACUAUGACUUUAAAGCAUAACAAGACAGAAAGUAACACUCCAUUACACUUUCAAGGAAACACCAUCGAAUCUCCUGACUGUCUUAAAUUGCUAGGGGUCACCAUAGAUGAACAGUUGAAUUUUAACACUCACAUUAAUGAAAUAUGUAAAAAGGCGAGUCAAAGGGUAGGUGUAAUGUUAAGGCUUAAAAAACUUGUCCCUACCAAUGCUAAAUUAACUCUGUAUAAAUCGGCCAUAUUGCCUUACUUAACCUAUUGCCACCUGACUUGGCAUUUCUGUAGUGCUACCGACAAAACAAAGCUUGAACGGGUCCAACAAAGAGCACUACGCGCAGUUUUCCUAGAUAAGCAAUCAAGCUACCAAGCAUUGCUGGACAAAAGUGACCUAACGAACUUCAGAACAGAAGACUGCAAGGUAUUGCUAUCCUUAUGUAUAAGGUGAAACACAAACUAUGCCCCAUCAAAAUAUCCGAGCUAUUUCACGCGCAUUGCUCACCCUACAACUAGAGGACGGCAGAGUUCGCCAUUCCCAGAUUUAGGACCAAUAAAUAUGGUAAACACUGGCUCACCUACCUGGGACCAAAGUUGUGGAAUAAGCUACCAAGCGCAAUCAGAACUCUCCCAUCAUUAUUUAGUUUCAAAAAUUGUAUUCGUAAAUUUGAUCUAGGUGUAAUGAUAGACGACGACAAUUGCUCCAAUUGCAUCCUUUGUAAUUCUUAAUUUUUUUAAAUCAAUUAUUUCAUUAGUUGAUAGUUAGUAGGUUUUUAACUAUAUUAUAUUGUUAGGUAACCAUAUUAUAUUGUUAGGUGUCCCCAAUUAGUAGAGGGGUUCUUAACCCCAUCGGCUAGACAUUCCAAGACACAUUAAUAAAGUUUUAUGUAUGUAUGUAUGUUAUGUAAACAGUUUUGGGCGAUCAUAUCUUCUUGUUUUGACUUUGUAUGUGUUGGUACAGCUGUCUCGUUUGCAGCUAACAAAUCGUCUUCCGAAACCGUCGCAAAACGGGGAGACAAAUUGCCUCCCAUCCAAAAACAGUGAAUAGCCAAGUAUAUUCCGGGUUACGGGAGCCAAUUAAAACGCGCGAAAAUUGCCAUCCACUGAUUUGGUAAAUAUUGAAACUAAACUUCUAGCAAUUGCAGAUUUGAUAAUGAUGCUUGCAAAAAGGAGAAAACUAACACGUUUAUUUAUAACAGUGGCUUGACCUCAUGCCACACAUGACGUCAAAUCUUGUAACCAGAGGAACAGACUGCUGCCUCCUGUAGACUGUAAUUAAUUUUGCCAAAAUGUGUCGAAGGAAAUUAAUAAUGGUAAUAAUAACUAAUAAUACUAAUAAUGAUUAAAAGGAGAAGGAGAAGGAGAAGAAGAAGAAGGAGAAGAAGAAGAAGAAGAAGAAGAAGAAGAAGAAGAAGAAGAAGAAGAGCAGGAGUAAUUAGCUCCUGUGUGCACCUACUGAAGAGUAGAUCUUUUAGCUUUAAGUCUUUUUAAAAAACUGAAAACAACCUUUAAUUGUUUAGGGCCAUACAGGGUGGUAUCCACCCCCCUUAAUAUGUGAUAACUGUCAUACUUUUACCGGUUGGUCAUGUUCAAGGCAAAAAGUAGCAAAAUAAAAGGCAUGGGGCGAGGGUGGAAAAAAGGAGGCUGCGGAGACACUAUCACACGGACAGCCGUCUAUGCAUCCACUGAAUUCGUUCAAAAUACGCGGUUUCGAAGCUUUAAGACUGGCGAGUAGUGAUUUAAGUUUAAGAGAAAGAAAUUAAACAGAUUGGUUUUCACUUUAAUAUACGUUACCAUCUGAACUUCCUUUUAGACCGAAACCAGGAGCCGCCAGAUAUCAGACAAAGACGCAGACCGCGUUGUGACUUUACUGGAUGGAAACUCGCCUGGAUUUUGGACUGUACUUCACGCAAUGCUGACGACCUUUAUCACGCUGUUGACAGCGGGUUUCGUUUACGAGACGUGUGCUGCAAAGUGUACGAAGAAGAAGCUAACAAGUAAGUGUAGUGGGUUUUAUCAAACCACCCCCCAGUCCGCUAGAGACUCUCACAGGCAAAUAUUCAGUCACGUGACAACUUAUGACAUGCCUCAGUUACCUCAUUAAUGAGCGUACAGAGGAGAUUUUUCUUCUCCCUUUUCGACGUUCCCUCCGCGCUAUGAUUAAAACGGACACAAUCGUAGACUUUCUUCAGGUGAUCAUCAAGAUUAUAAUUCAAAACCUUCAGAUUAGCAAUACAUCAGCUUCUCAGAAUAACAAGCAGAAAGAACACCAGAAAACAAUUAACAUCUUCGACAGAGAGCACAGUUCGUGGGGCGUGGUAUUAUCCAAAACGAAAACACGUGACACUGACGUUAUAUUGAGUCCCAGUUUCCCACAAGCUGUCUUUUCAAGGGAACCUCUGAGGCGGGAGGUUUAGGGGACGGUUUCUACUUGGAUUCCAAUCAAUAAGGAACUUAAGCAACCACGACAAAGACGGCAGUCGGAAUGUCAGAAAAACAAUUGGUUUUAUGUGUAAAAAAGCAACAACUCUGCACGUGCAUCAUACUUUUUGGCACUUUUUUCAAGCGACCUUUUAUGGAGGAUGGCGUGAACGCACAACGACGAAUUUCUUUCUUCCUAGGUCUGUAUUUCUGAAGAUAGAAGCAUUUUUUGCGAGAAAUAAACAAAAUAAAAUUUGAGAGGACACAAAUUCUGCGUAUUUAGUGAAGUUUUUUACUGCCAUGGUCGUCCUGAUUGCUUUAAGUUCCCUAAUAAAACUUCAUCAAAUGCACUCUUAAAUUAAGAAAAGUUAAUUUAUAACAUAGCGCGCGUGCUUGCCCUAUAUAAGUCCUAUUGAGCCGCUAUGAACAAAAUCUUUAUUUACGCACGCCCGUGCGUAAAUAAGAUGACGUGAGCAUUUUUUUUUUACGUGGCUGCAAAGUUGUCGUUUUUUAAGCUGCAGUGCACUUUUCCUUCUCUUUAAAAUAUGGAAGAAACCAGCGAAGAACUGCCCAAUUUUUCUAUCGGUCCCGAUCCAACAAGCAGCAAAAAUAAAGCCGAAUUAAAAAAAAACUCGCAAGUUGAGCGUUUCGUAAAUUUGUCGAAGAGGAGCUGCAGCAAAUUUUGGCUGAAAGACAUUCACUGGGAACAGAACAGACACCAACUGCUCAUCAACAACAUUUAAAGGCAAAAUUUCCGUUUUUAUUGUUGUUUUUAAAUUUGUUAUGCACUUUGUUAUCUCCGUACAAUCCGACUUAACCAGGAAGAUUUAUCUCGCAAUAACAACACAAAUUACACAAGAAGACAUAAAUUAUUACUCAUAAAAACAACUGCUGCCAGGUCUUCUCAAGAAGCCGUAAUGACCAGCCAAUGUUCGUAAAUGAAUAUAAGUUUAAAGAAGGACGACAGUCGUCUUCGCUAAAAAACAUGUUUUCUGGAUUUCGCCGAGCAAAACGUAAACAUCUUUUCAGCAAAUCCAAACCAUACUCCACGACUUCUUACGAACAUGUUAGUAUUUUAACUUUAGGUGAACUUUAAGACUCUUUUACCUUUGUUUCUGCUUAGUUUCCAUUGAUCGUUAACGAAUAAAGAAGCAAAUUUUCUUUCUCACUUUUACAGAAAGAAUAUUUUCAUUCAAACUAGACGAUUGUGGCGUGUUCGUAAUCAGCCAGUAGAAUCGUUUGUUAUUGUGUCGCGCGUUACGAGAAUUUUGCAGUUAAUCAAAAAGCAAGCAUUUUUGUCAGCUAUGUUAUAAAAGAAUUUGCUCAUGCUUUUAGCUGUUCGUAUAUCGAGUUAUGGAUGCACUUGGGGAGUUUGGAGAGCACUCAAGAAGCUAGAGUUGCACUCGGCUAUCGCCUCGUGCAACUCUUACGCAUCUUUCGUGCUCUCCAAACUUCCCGCGUGCAUCCAUAACUCGAUAUACGCACGCUAAGCAUGAACAAAUUCUUAACUAGCAAGAAGGGUAAAUUUUGAUCGACACUACGUCUUCCAUGUGUCAUAUCACAGAAUUUUGUAGAUAUAGAAUUUUUACCCGCAGUAUAGCAGGUUUGACUCCGAUAUGACAUUUUAUUCACUUCACCAUUUCGGAGUACAUAAAUCUAAUUUACUGGUUAUUUGUAAUAUAUCGAAAUAUUCUGUAGAUAUAUUUAUUGUUAUUAUUAUUAUUAUUAUUAUUAUUAUUAUUAUUCAUCUGGUUAGGAGAAGGUGAGGUUGUCAUAUCAGUCAUUUCACUGUUGCGGAGUAGAAAAGUCUAAGAAUAAGUGUUCUGUUUAAUUCUGCAGCUCCCAAGGGAAGUAUCAUUGAUUCCGGCAACGUACGUGGAAAUGACGUUCUCUUCCUUGAAGCUAAAGCGCUAACGCAACACUAGGUCUAUCUA